AUGGCACAGUUCCAGUUCCAGCAAGAAUGGUUUGAUAAUAGAUUGAACUUUGAACACCUCAGUGAGUUCCGGACAAUUGACUUUAUCAACGUUGCUAGGGAUCAACAGUUAUGGAUUCCUGAUACAUUUUUUCAAAAUGAACGAGAUGGUUGGUAUCAUAUGCUCGAUCAGGAAAACAAGUUCAUUCGGGUUCGCUCAGAUGGUAAAGUAUUUUAUAACAGAAGAUUAACGUUAAUAUUAUCCUGCGUUAUGGAUCUUUUGCGAUAUCCGAUGGAUGUUCAACACUGCGUUAUUGAUUUUGCUAGUUAUGCUUAUACUACUGAGGACAUCAUUUACGUAUGGGACGAAGUGGGAAUUACCAUCGAUAAAAAUGCUAACGGAGAUUUGCCAAACUUUGAAAUCACCUCAUACAAUAUGUCAAAAUGUGAUAGCAUCACUAAUACUGGGACCUACAGCUGUCUUUCACUUCAAAUUGAACUAAGUCGGGUGUUUUCGUUUUUUCUUCUACAGUUAUAUUUGCCAUCUGGUAUGCUUGUCGGGGUUUCUUGGGUGUCCUACUGGAUUGACUGGAAGAGUACCGCCGCACGUGUACCACUUGCUAUUAUCACUCUUUUAACAAUGAUCGCUCAAGCUCAUGCUGUGAAUAAAAAUUUACCUCCUGUAAGUUACACAAAAGCGAUAGACGUUUGGAUUGGCGCAUGUGUUGUGUUUAUAUUUGCAUCACUAAUUGAAUAUGCAGUUGUCAAUUAUAUGGGAAUUCUUGAUGAACAUAGGCAAAUGAGAAAAAUUGCUGCAAAUCGACGGCGUCUGUCAACGAUGAUUAAUGCUGAAAAUGUGGUUGAAGAAACGCAUCGAACUGUUGCUGACAGUAAUAGUCAGUGUUGGUCUGUUGAUAAAGCAGUAAGAUUUUACUUACAUUUAUAA